AUGGCCUGGUUCUUCAAUGACAGUCGAGGACCUCAUUGGAAGCGAGGAUGGCAAGAGCAGACGCUCUGCUCCCUCUCCCUCCCUCCUCUCCAUCUCAUCCUCGUCUUUGCCAUCGUCGUCCUCUUCCUGUGCAUGUCGUGGUACCAUGACUACAAGACCCAAAUGAUCCGCACCGAGAUCGGUCUAAGGUUCUUCACGUUCCUUCUCCCCGUCGCGCUCCUCGUCGUCGCUCCCUUCUUCCUCAGGCAAAUGUUCGUGUUCCCGGGAAGACGACGCGAGCAGGAGUCGCCGGCAGCACAGGGGGCAGGAGCCUCACCCGUGAAGGUGUUGGCCUUGGUGUUGGUGCUCUUGUUGAUGAUCUCUUAUCAGUCCUCCUUCAGUUGGUUUAAGCCAAUCUGGCGUAUGGAGUAG